CGGGGGGCCGCGCCGGAGCCCGGGGGGAGCGCGGCCCCGCCGGCCGGCCGGCCAGCCAGCCGGGACGGGGAGCAGCAGCUAGCGACGGCUUCGGUUCAGGUGGAGGCCUCAGGCGGCCCAGAGCCAGCAAGGGCAGCAAUGGUGGGACCUGACGGUGGCUGAGCCCCCAGCCCCUGGAAUAUGCAGCCCUGGGGGGCCCCAGGCAGCGGCGAGGACGCGGCGGCGGAGCGGGGCGGGAGGCAUGGUCUCCACCUACCGGGUGGCCGUGCUGGGGGCGCGAGGAGUGGGCAAGAGUGCCAUCGUGCGUCAGUUCCUGUACAACGAAUUCAGCGAGGUCUGCGUGCCCACCACCGCCCGCCUCCUCUACCUGCCUGCCGUCGUCAUGAACGGCCACGUGCACGACCUCCAGAUCCUCGACUUCCCACCCAUCAGCGCCUUUCCUGUCAACACGCUGCAGGAGUGGGCAGAUGCCUGCUGCAGGGGACUCCGAAGCGUCCACGCCUACAUCCUGGUCUACGACAUCUGCUGCUUUGACAGCUUCGAGUACGUCAAGACCAUUCGCCAGCAGAUCCUAGAGACCAGGGUGAUCGGCACCUCGGAGACACCCAUCAUCAUCGUGGGCAACAAGCGGGACCUGCAGCGCGGCCGCGUGAUCCCGCGCUGGAACGUGUCCCACCUGGUGCGCAAGACGUGGAAGUGCGGCUACGUGGAGUGCUCGGCCAAGUACAACUGGCACAUCCUGCUGCUCUUCAGCGAGCUGCUCAAGAGCGUCGGCUGCGCGCGCUGCAAGCACGUGCACGCGGCCCUGCGCUUCCAGGGCGCGCUGCGCCGCAACCGCUGCGCCAUCAUGUAACGGGCCUGGCCGCAUCCGUGGCCCGCGCCCCGGGCCCACCCCACCCGGGCAGCCUGGCAGGGGGAGUCCUCUGCAGCCGAAAAAGUGGGGAGGGAGGGUCCCCGCAGCCCCCCCCCCAUGCAGGGCACCGCACCCCCUGGUAGCUGCGUGCCCCCUGCAGAGAGAGGGGCCAGGCCACUAGAAGGCCGCCCCUUCUUGGCCCAUUCCUCCCUCCUCGGCACCCCAUGAUUUUAUUUUUCCUGGGCUGGUGCCUUUCGUGCUGUAGUUAGUGCCCCUCGGGAUUUUGGGGGGCCCCCAGGAGUCAGCAGGGAUUGGGUGGGAGCAUGGGGGAAGAGAUAGGUGGGGUGGGAGGUGCUACCCGGCCCCCACCCCAGCCCCAGGCACCUGCUCCAGAGUGUGUCUCCUCGCCUCUCGUGUCUCUCCUGUGCCCCCCGCGUCUUUGGGUCCUCGGCUCUUGUGCCCCCUCCGGCCCACCCCACCCCAGCUCCGCUCAUAGGGCUCAUCUCCUCCUCCCCCGGCCCGCCUCAGAAGCGCCACCUUCUGGCUUUGGCUCCACAUACGGCACAGGGCAGGGAGUUGGGGGCAGGGGGUUCAAGGACUAGCAUCGGGGGCCUGAGGGUUGAGGUCCCUGAUGAGCCAGGGGAGAACGCUGAGCUCUCCCACAUCACCGCUUUUCAGGGAGACCUCCCCUGCCCAGCAGCCCCCAGAGACACAACAACCUACCUUCCAGCCUUAACUCGAUGGUCUGUCCCUGCCAGCCGCCCGCACUCCCAAAAGCCAGGUUGCCCCCCCAGGAAGCCCCCAAUCGCAUGAACAGAGGGACUUUCCCAAAGGAUUGAUUUAUUCCCACGAGACUAGACUCCGGCCCGUCUACCUGCAUUGAGUGGCCAGCCUGAAUAUGGGAGUUAC